AUGUCUUAUCAAGGUCAUUGUAAUUGCGAGAGUAUUCGUAUCACUCUUCCCCAGCAACCUCCGAGUUCAGCCAUUUGCCAUUGCGAUUGUUGCAAGCGAGCAGGUGGUGGUCCCAUCUUAGCAUUCUCUAUCAACUACUUCGUCAACGAGGAUGAAAUGACCGUCGAGGAUCCAGAUGCGACAUUGAAGAUCUACGAGGACAAGAAGGCUGUUAGUGGCAAUACUGUGAAGCGUCAUUUCUGUUCUAGCUGUGGCAGUCCAAUCUUAACCAAGUCCCCUAAAGCCCCUGGGAAAGCCUUUCUGAAGGCUGCCUUGUUUGACAGCGUUUCUCCUCCCGUAACAGAGAUAUUUAUCAAAAAGCAAUGCCAACGACCAUCGGGUGUCAUUUUGCGGAACAUCCGACCGCAAAACAACCACGACUUGAAUAUCCACGAAGCGCACGAGCUCCAGGAGAUCCAAACGCACGAGGACAACGAGCUGGACUACUCAUCGCCAUUUGUUUCAUCUGGCGAUGGAUAUCGCGUUGUAACGCGCCGUACUACAUCACGCACUCUCGCAUCGCGUGCCGAGGCGCGGCAGCGCCGCCAAGCUCGGAAGGGGAUCUGGGGGAAGCUCACUCAGCUUUGGACGCAUAAUGUUACUCUGACGGUGCCACAAAAGAGUAGUCGGGAUUACUUCGCUUUGGAGAGGACAUUCCUCGCGUAUAUCCGCACCUCCGUCGCUGUCACCCACCAAGGCGUUCUAAUUGCGCAGCUGUUUCGUCUACAGGCGGCAGAGGCGUUCGCGGAUCGACUUGGAUUUCGUAAGGUCGGUACACCCCUCUCGGUCGCGUGUUACUGUGUGGGUAUUCUCGUGGCUUUGGUCGGGGCGUAUCGAUUUUGGAGGCAGCAGAAUGCCAUCGCUAGGGGCAAGGUCUAUGCUGGAGGCUGGGAAUUGAAUUCUGUGGGGAUAUUACUGGGUUGUAUUACUCUAACGGUGUUGAUUGUGUCGACUGCUAUUAUGAUUGAGGUUGACAUGGACCCGUCUGUAUUUAUUCGACGAAUAUUGGGCAGCUAUAUUGUUUUUGCAUACGGAGUAGAAGAGCUAUAA